CUUUUUUGUAUUUUUAUGGUAUGAUGCUUUGCGCUUUGGUUUGGACAGAAACGACAUCGUAACGCGGUUCUCGCCGAAAAGGAGGACGGGAGGCCAAACCGGUGACCGCUCCGGUCUCCGUCCGUUGGCGAUAGACCGGCAGCUUCGGCAAUGGACGAAGAAAAGGCGGCGGCUUACUACGACGAGCUGACUCGGAAGGGCGGGGGAGCCGCGAGGUUCAAGCAAGGGCUCGGCUUCUCCUCCUCAGCUGCCGGAGACGACUCGGCACCACCGCCUGCGAGAGGUUCCGCGUUCGUUUCGUCCACGUCUUCCUCCUUCCUGAGCAGCUUCGUCAGAGCCUCGAGCCCUACGAAGGCCUCGGAGCUCGAGAAGCAAGCUCAGCUCGAGUCCAUCCAGAACAAGCUCAGGAAGAAACCGGACCGGGACGGUGAUGCUGAUAGGAACCGCCAGGCUAGGGUUUCGGACAGACGGCACCGGUCGAGAAGCAGAGAGCGGGAUCGCGAUCGGGACAGGGACAGGCGUUCGAGGAGGCGAAGCCGGAGCAGAGACAGGCACGGAGACAGGGACAGGGACAGGCAUCGAAGGAGAAGGAGCAGGAGUCGGAGUAGAAGUUUUUCACCUCGGAGGUCAGGGAAUAGGCGGAGUGUCUCGCCUCGAGACCAGAGGAGGUCGGAGAAGGUGAGGAAGGAGAGGAAUGAUGGCGGAAGAUCGACUGAUUACUCCAAGCUAAUCGAUGGGUAUGAUCGGAUGACUCCAGCUGAAAGAGUUAAAGCCAAGAUGAAGCUUCAGCUUGCCGAAACUUCUGAAAGAGAUGAAGCCAAUGGGAUGGGCUCUGGUUGGGAAAGAUUUGAGUUCGACAAGGACACUCCCCUUGACGAUGAAGAAAUCGAAGUUGCCGAAGAUGAUGCUGCUCUUGUUAAGCAUAUUGGCCAGAGCUUCCGGUUCUCUGCUGUGGAGGCAAGAAGAGAGGAACAAAUCAAAGCUGCGCAUGAUGAGGCCAUGUUUGGAUCGUCGGCACAUGCUCCAGAUGUUACUGAGGAUGCCGAUUUGGAAGGGAACAAUAAAGCAAGCAAUGAGAACAACCCUGCUACAAACCUCUUAAGCGAUAAGGUUCUUGCAAGGCAGCAAGGUUCAUGGCGAGACCGAGCUCGUAAAACAUAGUUGGAGUUGGAUAUUCAAGAGUUGGAGGAAUCUGAAUCGUGGUCUUGCACGGAUCAUCAAGAGCUGCAUCUUGCAAUAUUUUUUCUGUUGUAUUGCUGAAAUGUGGCAGGCAUCAAAACAAGCUUACUGACUUCCAUGAAGGUAAAAGCUAUAUUUGGGAAGAUGACUUGCAGCUGAUCUCCCAAAAUCAGCAAACCUGCCGUUGCUUUACAAGUCCCGUUCCUUUUGGUCUCUGUUGGUCGAGUGGAAGUAAUUAGCCUAUUUGGUGCAAUUAACUGAGGCUUAGGGAGUAUUUAUCUUUUCGGUUUUUUUUUUUCCUGGCGUUUUGGGCGCCGGGGGUGUGUGGUGUGGGGGGUGGGGGUUGAGAUUUGGUGAAACAUUCCGGGAAUGCGUAUGUUUGGGUAUGAGAUCAUGGUAAAUCUCUCUUGUUUCGCUUGAGAUGUAUCAUGAACUUCUGCAGUUGUAUCUUCUUUCUCCCGUUAGAACCUUCUUCUUCUUUUUUUUCUUUUUUUUGCUGAAUAAAGUACUUUAUUAAUA